AAAAAAGAGAGAGGACAAUUGCACGUUGCAAGAAUGGGCCUGAGAAGAUCAAGUAGCCCGUUGCUCAAUAAUAAGCCUACAGCGGAUAACAGCCCAGAUACUAUAAAAAUAUCGGAAACGCGGUAAGCGUUACUUCUUAACAAUGGUUUCAACGGUCUGUCUACCGGUGGCACUAAACUAGUACGAUUAAAUUAUACGGGCCAGUGCUCCCUCCAUGUUCUAAAAUCGCCGUCUCCGUCUCCGUCAACCCCAGGAAGCUUUCCAGCAAAGCAAUUAAAAAGAAACCAAAAUUCAAAGAAAUUAGGGCACUUUUAGCAAUUAGGAUCACUCUAAUCGGAAAUCGCAAAACAACUUUGUCAACCGAUGAAUUCGUGAAUUAAUAUUGAAAGAUCCGUUGGUCUCUGAAGUUUCUCAAUCUCCAUAAAAAGUGGAUCCUCUUUCCAUAAUAUUUUUACCAGUGGUGAUUGAACUCCAAUGGCAGCGGAAGAUUCACUAUCCAACCUCCCUACCAGUCAGUUGCUUGGCUCCGUCCCGGCUGUUGUAACUGAAGCAAAAAGCCCCGGUUCCCAUCAAGCUCCUGGAGCAAAUCUGCAGAUAUUCCCCCCAAAUAAUGGUGGAAACAAUUGGAGAGGUUAUCAGACUCUUGGAGGCAAUAAUGAAGAGCAGGGGCAGCAAUCAGCAGACCCCUCUUCAAAUAGUUGGAAUGGAUUUUUUAGCAUUUCAUCGUACACUCAAUAUUUCAACGUAGAUACAGACAUUGUCUUGAACAGAAUCUUAAGUACAUUUUCACCAACCAGUGGAGAUUUCUUUAACAAGAUUGAUGCCAACCCAGAUCUGUACGGCCUAGUCUGGAUUUCGACCACAUUGAUAUUUGUAAUUACUUCACUUGGAAAUUGUGCCACCUAUCUGAUACAAAGGAGACAUGACAGCAGUACUUUGUGGAAUUUUGAUGUCAGCUAUGUCAAUGUGGCUACAUGUGCGAUCUAUGGUUAUGCACUUCUUGUGCCCUUGGGAUUUUACUUUCUGCUUCAGUAUCUCGGUUCAAAUGCCAGCCUUGUACGGUUUUGGUGCCUGUGGGGUUAUUCCCUCUUCAUUUUCAUUCUAAGCUCUUUUUUAUUGAUUAUUCCAGUCAACUUUCUUCGUUGGAUGGUCAUAUUAAUCAGUGGUGCUGCAUCAGCUGGCUUUGUAUCUCUAAAUCUGAGGUCUUAUGUACAAUCGACCGAUCUUAACAUGGUGUUAGUAGCCGCAUUUGUUCUUCAAAUAGGUCUUGCUGUUUUCAUCAAGAUGUGGUUCUUCCCUUGAUCGAGGAGUGGUGUAUAUGCAAUCUCCUUGGAAGCUUGCUGCUCAAAACAGUUGUGGGUACUUAGCAGUAUGGGGUAUUGUAUGCGCUUGAUUGGUACGUUUGCAUAUAUUGGUGCGACCAAAAGUGUUCAGGUUAUAUGCAAUACUAUUAGUGAAGUAUCUGGAGAUGCUGAUUAACAAGCAGCAAUGGUUCUGGACCUUAAUGAUAAUGUGGCUCAGGAUUAUGGGGGAAUGUUUUCAACAUAUAGGACGGACUGAUGAACAAUCGACAGGUGCUUGAUGAAAUGAUGUAUUUAGAAGAACAAAUAGCAGACUUUUUUGUUUCCUUUACUUUGCCUGGCUGCCGUUAGUUUGGAUAUAAUGUGUGUACAUAAUUGUGCUUCGUUAUGUUUCCUCUACAUAGAUGCUUCUGUCUAUAAUGGAUUGUUGAAAUGAUGAGAAAUGAGAAGAACUUGUGAAAAACGAGGAUACCAAAGGGCCAAGAGCCCAAGACGUAAAUCAAAAGGCUGUGAAAAUCCUUGCGGAUAACCACCGUUUGGGGUGUGCCUAACUCAUGCGAAGCAGCCCAGAUGGUGAAGCUUAUCCUCCGGGGUUAAAGUUUCCGGGGCUCGUCAGAAGUGAAAAAUCUGCGAACUGUGAAGUGUGAAGUAGUAUCUACUGCCAAAUUUAAGAGGUGAUGGUAACUCGUAAGGGUAAAAUUUAGGAAUGGCUAAUGAGGUGGUUAUUGAUAACGUGGUGGGACAAUGAUUGAGCUGCCAGUGAAUCGUUUCAUAAAAUUCUUGAGGCAGAAUGAACAAUAAUAAUGUCUAAAAGUC